AUGCCCUAGUGGAAAGCUGUACGGGAAAUACGUCAAUCAACGCAGUAAGAAAAGGAAGACAAUAUACCUUGAACAAAACACACCAUCACCUGCUAGUACUAAGACUAAUCCUUCCACGAAAAAUUACGAAGUUCCUCAAAUUGAUUUUACGAUAUGUAGAGCAUUAAAAGCAUCUCUCAGCAGAAGCAUUGCCGAUUGGAAUGAAGUCAGAGAUAAAUGGCAAAAGACAUUUAAUUUGCGACAGAAUGACUUAAAGGAACUGACCAACAUUGAUUUUCUCCAAGCCUGGCCCAAAUAUUCUGAUUCGCGGGCUCCUGACUUGGUAACAAUGAAAUUACGUACUUAGCUCGCAGUUUUACUAUACAUUUACACAUUACAGAUAAAACUUGACUUCAAUAUCAUGUACCCUGACAAGGAGGAUUGUUUGUAUUCGAAAUGGGAAAUGUUUACGGAAAAAAUUCAACGAUUUUAUGAAACUAAUCUACACAACGAUUUCUGCAAACAGCUCUUUUCUCUUGCUAAAGCUUCAACGAACAAAGAUACGCAAGACUACAUUCUUACAACGCUGCUGAAUGGAGUUCUUCCACCUUCAUCAAGGUUUCAAAGUUCCUGCGGAAAGCUAAGAAAGAAAGCAACAAUAGCAGACUCGCAACAAAGCUUUGUUUUACGAUUAACUUCAAUCAACGAUUACGAAAGGAAAAUUACUGAGUUGAUAAGUAUGUACUAUUCUGCAGGAAUGACAAUACAGCCUUUUAUAAUUGUGGAAGGAGUAGCUGAGGGUGAUAUAACAGGAUUUUAUAUAUAUUUUGAUAAAACAUUGUAUAAAUUUGAGUCGUUUCUAGAAUGCCUAGAUAUCUGUUUCAAAAUCUUUCACACUCUUUGCCUAAAAUAUCCUCAGGCAUGCGAAACUUCAUGGGUUUUUUUACAACAGUUUUUUUUUGAAAUUUAUACUGAAUAUGACUGCAAGUCGGCAAAUUUAACGUCUCUUUUGAAUUUUAUGACAUAUAAAUAAUUGCUUUAAAAUGUUUAUUUGCUUCAAGUGCCACAAAAAAUUUGCAGAAAUUGAUACCUUAAUAUGUCAUUUUAAAGUAGAUCAUAAGCUUACUACGAAACUUUUACGACUGCAAUGCAAG